UGAAAAGUGGAAGUGUUCGUUCUCCCAGGGCCCUGACAGCUCUGAUAACCUAUGGGCGGAAAGUUCCUUCUCUGCGGUCAGCUGCUCUCUCCUCAUUCCUGGACUUUCAGGAGGGCGCUGUCUCAGUCCUGCGACCUCGAAGCCUGUCGUUCUCACCGCAAGGACCCGCCUCAAACUGACCGAGCCUCCUUUCUUUGGCCACCUAGAAGAGCCCAGAAUCUUCCACUGUGUGAUGCUGCGGCUCCUGUGUCUGUGUCUGCUCUGGGCAGGAUCCCUGGCUGAGACGGAGGAUUAUAAACUCUUCGUGAACAGUUCGGUAACAGUACAGGAGGGUCUGUGCAUCUAUGUGCCCUGCCGAGUCCUUUUCCCCAAAGCCAGUGGUUCUGUCUUUGGCUACUGGUUCCAGGAUGGGGCCAAGACAGACCGAGACCCUCCAGUGGCUACAAAUAACCCAGAUCGACCAGUUCGGAAGGAAACUCAAGGUCGAUUCUAUCUCGUGGGGGACCCAAAUACCCAUAACUGCUCCCUGGAGAUCAGAGACGUGAAGAUAAGUGACACACUAAAGUACUACUUCAGGAUUGAAGGAAACACAAAGUACAGUUUUGUGGAGUCGUUGCUCUCUGUGAAUGUGACAGCUCUGACUGAGACCCCUACCUUCCAAGUUAUGCCUACCCUGGUGUCUGGCACUUCCACCCAACUGAUCUGUUCUCUGCCCUGGGCUUGUGAGAGGGGGACACCCCCCAUCUUCUCCUGGAUGUCAUCUGCCCUCACCUCCCUGGGCCCUAGGACCACACUCUCCUCAGAGCUGACGCUCACACCCCAGCCCCAGGACCACGGCACUAACAUCACCUGUCAGGUGACCUUCCCCGGUGUUGGUGUUACUGUGGAGAGGACCGAACAACUCAAUGUCACCUAUGCUCCACAGAAGCUGACCAUCAGGGCGUCCUGGGGAGAGAACACAGAACCUGAAAUCCUGAACAAUGGCUCAUCUCUGCAUAUCCAAGAAGGUGAGUCCCUGCGCCUGGUCUGUGCGGCCGAGAGCAACCCCCCUGCCAAUCUGAGCUGGGAGCAACUGACCCAGAAUCACAUCCAGCUCUCCAGUGAGGAACUACAGCUGCCGAGCGUGGAGUUGGAGGACCAUGGAAUAUAUAUCUGUCGAGCGGAGAACCGUCUAGGUGUUCAGGUGGCCUCUGUGAGCCUCCUCAUAAGGAGCCCUCUACAGCUGCUGGUACCCUCCUGCUCCUGGCAAGCUGAGAGUCUCCACUGCAGCUGCUCCUCCAGGGCCUGGCCUGCCCCCUCCCUGCGCUGGUGGCUGGGGGAGGGGCUGCUGGAGGGGAACAGCAGCAAUGUCUCCUUCCAGGUCUCCUCCAGCUCCACAGGACCAUGGGCCAACAGCUCCCUGAUCCUCAGUAUGGAGUUCAGCGCUGGUCACAGACUCCGUUGUGAGGCUUGGAACGACAAUGAGGCUCAGAGUGCCACUAUGUUGCUGCUGCCAAGUCAAGAGGUCACAAAGGAUAAACCAGAACCCAGUGCAGGAGUGAUCCUAUGGACCAUGGGAGGAGCUGGUCUCAUGGCUGUCUGCCUCUGUCUCGCCUUCUUCAUAGUGAAGCUUCUCAGAAAGAAAUCAGCCCUGAAAGUAGCAAGCAUUGAAGGCAAUCCUCCUGCUGAGAGACCUGUCUCAGGCAUGAUUUCGUCUGGCAUUCUAGUGAGAUACCCUACUCAGGGUCACCUGAAAGCAGCAGGGUUACAAAACCAGAAAGAUCGGCCACCUCUUGCCACAGUGCUGCGCUCUCCGGCAGACGAGCCUGAACUGCACUAUGCCUCCCUUUCCUUCCAAUACCUGAAGCCCAGGCAGCCUCAGAACACGGAGCCCAUCAAGUCUGAUUACACCGAGAUCAAGAUCCACAAAUGGUGACCCUCCUGCACCAGGUGUCCCAGCACUGCCUGGAGUCCCGGGAAGGCGUGGCUGAGGACAGCAUGUGUUAGGGGCAGAUUCUGUUAGCAGUGGCUUUCUAAAGCAAGGGUUAUGAAGGGGCAGGAGGGAGUCUUAGAAGGAAUGAAGUGCACAGGAUUCCUGGGUUCAAGUCCAGGUUUAGUGUUAUUCCCACAGAAACUGCCUUUCCUCGUGUGGCCUCUCUUCCUUCUCUGUAAAGUGGGGUCCUAUUCACAAGGUGUGACAAGGAGAAAAUGCAGUGUUUGUUAUUCAUUGUGUUGCUUUAUGUUGCCUUGGCAGUGGGGAGAAAAUUCUGACUUUAUCACAUACUUGAAUUUUACUUGUAUAUUUUAAAGAAUAUAUGUUAAUUCUUAAAGUGA